CGCCUCAGAGCGGCCAUGAUGGAAGGCCUGGACGACGGCCCCGACUUCCUCUCGGAAGAGGACCGCGGACUUAAAGCAAUAAAUGUAGAUCUUCAAAGUGAUGCUGCUCUGCAGGUGGACAUUUCUGAUGCUCUUAGUGAGAGAGAUAAAGUAAAAUUCACUGUUCACACAAAGAGUUCAUUGCCAAAUUUUAAACAAAAUGAGUUUUCUGUUGUUCGACAACAUGAGGAAUUUAUCUGGCUUCACGAUUCCUUCGUUGAAAAUGAAGACUAUGCAGGUUACAUUAUCCCACCAGCACCACCAAGACCUGAUUUUGAUGCUUCAAGGGAAAAACUACAGAAGCUUGGAGAAGGAGAAGGGUCCAUGACGAAGGAAGAAUUCACAAAAAUGAAACAGGAACUGGAAGCUGAAUAUUUGGCAAUAUUCAAGAAGACUGUUGCAAUGCAUGAAGUGUUCCUGUGUCGUGUGGCAGCACAUCCGAUUUUGAGAAAAGAUUUAAAUUUCCAUGUCUUCUUGGAAUAUAAUCAAGAUUUGAGUGUGCGAGGGAAAAAUAAAAAAGAGAAACUUGAAGAUUUCUUUAAAAACAUGGUUAAAUCAGCAGAUGGAGUAAUUGUUUCAGGAGUAAAGGAUGUAGAUGACUUCUUUGAGCAUGAACGAACAUUCCUUUUAGAAUAUCAUAACCGAGUUAAGGAUGCAUCUGCUAAAUCUGAUAGGAUGACAAGAUCUCACAAAAGUGCUGCAGAUGAUUACAAUAGAAUUGGUUCUUCAUUAUAUGCUUUAGGAACUCAGGAUUCUACAGAUAUAUGCAAGUUUUUUCUCAAAGUUUCAGAACUGUUUGAUAAAACAAGAAAAAUAGAGGCACGAGUGUCUGCUGAUGAGGACCUCAAACUUUCUGACCUUUUAAAAUAUUACUUAAGAGAAUCUCAAGCUGCUAAGGAUCUCCUCUAUCGACGAUCUCGGGCACUAGUGGAUUAUGAAAAUGCUAACAAAGCACUGGAUAAAGCUAGAGCGAAACACAAAGACGUUCUGCAGGCUGAAACGUCCCAGCAAUCAUGCUGUCAGAAAUUUGAGAAAAUAUCCGAAUCUGCAAAACAAGAACUUAUAGAUUUUAAGACAAGAAGAGUUGCUGCAUUCAGAAAAAAUUUAGUGGAACUGGCAGAGUUAGAACUGAAGCAUGCAAAGGCUAGACAUCCUUGGGCUAGAGAUUUUCAUCCCCUACACCUCAACAAUCUUUUCGUGAUAUUAUUGCCCUCCUCUCAUUGCUCUUCUGAAAUAUUGCGCCUGGAAGUGCAAACGCUUUCCCAUACACCUACUAAUUAUUGUACAGGUUGCUUCUUACAGCGUGUUUUAUAUGUAUAAGAUGAGGGGUUUUGAAACUGCCAUAUUGCACCAGCUUGAUUUGGCUUAUACUCACACUUUUUUUUUCUUUUCUUCCUCUUAUAACUCAGUUCUUGAACCACAAACCUGUAGUUGUGUGUUUUGGCAGUUUUUUUUAGUAAUUAUUUUUUUCAUUUUUGUUGUAAAAAACACAUAACACAGAGCCAGCUCUGAUGGCCCAGUGGUUAAGUUCGGCAGCCUGGGUUCGGUCCCUGGUCACAGAACCACAUCACUUGUCUGUCAGUAGCCAUGCUGUGGUGGCGGCUCACACAGAACUAGAAGGACCUACAACUAGAAUAUACAACUAUGUGCUGGGGCUUUGGGGAGGAAGAAAACAAACACAUAACAAAAUUUACCACCUUAACCAUUUUUAAACGUACAGUCCAGUAGUGUUAAGUAUAUUCAUGUUGUGCAACAGAUCUCUAGAACUUUUUCAUUUAUUGAGCAUUUAAUUUUUAAAAUGUGAUUGCAAGCCACAUUUAUGUCUGUUAAAUAUUAGCUUGCUAGUUUUAGCCCAGCGCAUAGAGUUAGUUCUUUUGGAAACUUGGAUUUGAUCAGAUGGUAUUUGACUGUUAUACUAGUCACUCCUCCCAAGUGAUGGACAUUUGUAAUUUAUGUGAACUUCCCUUUUAUGUCUUCAUCUAAGUUUAGAUUUAAAAGAUUGUUCAGGGGGCCAGCCUGGUGGCUCAAGUGGUUAAGUGCACACGCUCUGCUUCGGUGGCCCGGGGUUCGCAGGUUCGGAUCCCUGACGCGCACCGACGCACUGCUUGUCAAGCCAUGCUGUGGCGGCGUCCCAUAUAAAGUAGAGGAAGAUGGGCACGAUUGGCAAUGGAUGUUAGCUCAGGGCUGGUCUUCCUCACCAACAACAACAAAAAAAAUUAGUAAACAAAUAAAAAUAAAAGAUUGAUCAGGACCAAAGGAAUCAACGUUGUCAAUCUAAUCGUAGACGUGUGUGGCACCAAAAACAGCUAAAUUUUUAGUUCCCUUCCUUUCUUUCUAUCCUGAUUGGUAUGAACUCAUUAAUUAAUAUUCUUUGGUUAUAGUUAGAUAGUUAUGAAUUCACCUAUUUAUACUAUCAUCAACCAUUGUUUUUUCAUUUUAUCCAUGAAGGAUAUAAGAAGUAUCAAAUUCCUCAUUAAAAUCAAGAUAUAUGUUGCCUGAUUUCCUGGUCUAAUAACACUGUCAAGAGAAAAAUCUUUUGAUAAGCUUGGCAUGAUUUAUUCCUACUGAGCCUGUGUUGGUUUCUAAUGUUCACUGUUUUUGUUCUUUUUAAAGAGGUUAUAAACUGUCCAAGAUUUUGUUACAGAUCAAGGAGAGGUUGGCAAAUUACAACCUGUUUUUGUACAGCCGGUGGGCCAGCAAUGGUGUUCAUAUUUUUAAAUGGUUACAAGAAAAGCAAAAGAAUAAUAUUUCAUGACCCGAUAAUUCUAUGAAAUUCAAAUUUAAUCUGUAAAUAAAGUUUUGUUGGACUACA